AGAGUAGAGUAGUCCACAGCAUCAACAAAGCUUAUAGAUGAAGAAAGUUCCGUCCACUCAAAACCCUAAAAUAUAAAACAACAAAAAGAGAUUAGAAUGAGAGAAUAAAAGAGAGAAAAAUAAGCAAAAGCCUCCCUCUUAUCUUUCCUUCACCUUCCCCUUUAAUUCUCUUUUCUUUUCUUUUCUUUUCUUUUCUUUCUUUGCUUUCUUGGCUCUGGUAUUCUCUUAUUGUGAUUCUCCACCAUAUUUUCUUUCCUAAAGACCCAUCAAACUUUAUAAAAAGAAAAAAAAAAAAAAAGAUCAAAAAAAUAACUAUGGUUUUCUCUUCAGUUCCAGUCUAUUUAGAUCCUCCUAACUGGCAACAGAACCCAAAUCAGCAAGGAGGAGCUACAAAUGAAAAUCCUCACCUUCCACCUCUUCCACCACCACCUCCUCCUCAUGUCAGCGGUGGCGGUAGCGUUACUGGUUCAAUUCGACCGGGUUCAAUGGCUGAUCGAGCCCGAUUAGCCAAAAUACCACAACCAGAGACAGCCCUAAAGUGUCCAAGAUGUGAAUCUUCAAAUACCAAGUUUUGCUAUUUCAAUAAUUAUAGUUUAUCUCAACCUCGCCACUUCUGCAAAACAUGCCGGAGAUACUGGACCAGAGGCGGCGCCCUUAGAAAUGUCCCGGUUGGUGGUGGUUGCAGGAGAAACAAGAAAAGCAAAAGCCAAAAUAACUCAAAAUCCCCAGUUUCUAGCAGCGAAAGACAAAUGGGUACAAAUUCAAACUCAACGAAUUCAGUUCCAUCGGAUAUGAUCACUCAAUUAACUCCACAACCUAACCAAUUACCUUUCAUGGCCUCCUUACAUAACCUUACUGCACAAUUUGGUGUUGGAAAUAUUGGGCUAAACUUUACUGGUGUCAACGGACAAACUGAUAUGGGAUUUCAUAUAGCAAGCAAUAAUUCAGGUAUGAAUAGUGCCAUUUUAUCAGGUGGAGUGCAACAAUUUCCUUUCUUUGAGCCACCAACGAACGGAUUAUACCCAUUUCAAAGUGAAAGUGUUCAUGAACAAACAUCGGGAGGGGAGAGCCAGCUCGGAGCAAUGAAUAGUUCAAGUUCUAGGGUUUCUCAGUUUGCUCCAGUUAAAACGGAAGAUAAUAAUCAAGGAUUAAAUUUGUCGAAGCCAUUUUUGGGUAUUUCAGAAAGUAAUCAAUUUUGGAGUGGAAAUACAUGGACAGAUUUAUCAGGUCUCAACUCUUCUUCCAGUAGCCAUCUCUUAUAAUAUUUGAAAUGUGAAGCCGCUCCAUGCUUACUUACAUAAGUUACCACUAAAUACUACAUAUAUAGCACUAGCUAGUGACAAUUGACACAGAAUUAAGUUGCACGCAAGUUCUUCUAUUCAACCAAGCUACUUAACUUAUGGCAAGUUUCAACUUGAGGCUUGAGGUCAAUGAGAGAAAAUCUGCAUCUUGAUCAUUGUCGGAUCGAUUUGGAAGAAUCAAGAAAUGGUACUAGAAUGUUUUUAUUUUAAAUUUUGCUAUUUCUUUUUCUUUUUUCUUUUUUUUGUUUGUUUCAGUUGUGUGUUUUUAGUAUUUAUUUUAUGGGCUUGUUCAAGUUUGUGUGUGUGUGUGUAAGAAAGAGAGAAGAAGCGAGGAGAAUGGUGUUUGUUGUUUCUGACAUGAUUAUAUCACAAUGAGCUAGUCUCAUUAUAUAUAACUUAUAUUAAUUUGUCAAA